AUGAAAUUGAUUCGAAGGCAUAUCGACCGCGAUGGGAGCGGGUCAGUGACAUUGUACCCGGAGGAGCCUGAGGACAUGUGGCACGCAUACAACUUGAUACGACCUACAGACCUAUUGUCUGCGAAAGCGCUCCGACGAGUCACAGAUAAAUCCGCAACUACAGGCUCAACGAGAUCCGAGACCGUUCAGCUCAACCUUACCAUUCGAGUCAAAUCCCUUGAUUUCGAUGCCCAAGCCGGCCAACUUCAUGUCUCCGGACAGAUAGCUCGGGAGACGAAGCACACGAAGAUCGGUCAAUUCCACACAUUAGACCUCGAACUGCAACGAAACUUUACUCUCGACAAGGACGCGCAGGAUGGCGAGGCGUGGGACAGUGUCGCCAGAGAGCAGCUUGCCGAAGCUACCGACCAAACUCGCGGCACUGAGGCUGUGGCUGUCGUCAUGCAGGAAGGUUUGGCCAACAUUUGCUUCAUCACCCAGUACCAGACAGUACUCCGCCAGCGGAUCGAGCAUUCUGUCCCACGUAAGCGGGCUGGUGCUGGAAGAUCUGCAGACCACGACAAGGGUCUCCAGAAGUUCUAUGUUGUCACGCUCGAAACGCUUAUGCGGCAGAUUUCAACACUUUUGGAGAACAAGCCAAAUGCCACAUUUCCAAUCCUGCUGGGAAGCCCCGGCUUUACCGCUGCGGGCUUCCUCAAACACAUCACCGAGACCGCUUCAUCCAAGGGUGAUAAGCUGCUUCAGGACCUCGUCAAGCGAAAGGCCUUUUUGACCAUCCAUACAAGCUCCGGUCAUUUACACAGCCUGAACGAGGUUUUGAAGAGCCCCGAAGUCCUUGCCAAUAUGAAGGACACCAAGUACGCCAAGGAGACAGAGCUCAUGGACAAGUUCUUCGAGCUGCUCCGCAAGGACGAUGGGAGAGCGUGGUAUGGACCAAAGGAGGUUGAGAGGGCCGUGGACAAAGGGGCUGUUGGGCGUGGCGGUGGUACACUCCUCAUCAGUCACUCGUUAUUCAGAAGUCAAGACAUUGCAACUCGACGGAGGUGGGUACGGCUGGUCGACCAGGUUAGGGAGGUCGAGGGUGGAGACGUGAGAAUUCUAAGUAGCGACCACGAGAGCGGGCGCAGAUUAGAGGGUCUUGGGGGUAUCGCCGCCAUCCUCACCUUUCCUGUAGACGACGAGGAGUCAGCUUCCGACAGUGAUGGCGAUAACAGCUGA